AUGACAGAUACAGCACAUCAAAUAUCAUUGCGGCAUAAUCAUCAAGCUGAUGAAGAGUCAACACUUGAGAGUAGUAAUAGUAAUAACAAUGAAUCAAACAAAGAUAAACAACAACAACAUCAACAUCAACAACAACAUCAUCAUCAUGAUAAUGACGAUCAACAUGGUACCAAAUGGUUGACAACAGAGUUCAUCAUAUAUUAUGUUAUAAUCAUAAUAGGUUACCUCAUAUGUAUAAAUAAGAUAUUGAAUAGUUCAAGAGAUUAUAAUGAUGGUUUAAAGAAUAGUGCAGGUAUUGUACCUGGUUGGUUCAUUGGUAGGAAGCAGGACUUGUCUGAUUCACAGUAUAGGACAUGGAGAGGUAACUUCCCAUUGUUGUCAAUUGGUCUAUCUAUAUUCAUUGCACUCAGUACGAUAAUAAGGAAGUAUGGAGGCUCAUCAAUCAACAAUAUCAACUCAAGACUACUGUAUUAUAUAAUUGCAUCAUUGUUAUUCUUGUUGUUUGUUCAUGGCUCAUCGACCAUCAUCAUCGUGGCCAUCGCCCUGUCCAACUUUGGCAUCUCGCGCUUCUUUGCCCGCUCCUCACUGCUGCCCCUCGUCACAUGGGCAUUCAAUGGCUUCAUUCUCUGGACCUCAUACAUAUACUCUGGCUAUCAAUUCUCAUCUCUGGCCAUCCUUGGAUCAUACGGCCCGCUGCUGGACAGCUAUCACGGCUCACUGGCAUGGGAAACCUACUUCAAGAUGUCGAUGCUUCGAUUCAUCAGCUACAACAUGGACUAUUAUUGGAUGAUGAUGAAGCGGCCUGUUGUCGACACCAAGGACAAGGAUGACUACUUUGUGCUGCAAGAGACACACCUCGCGCAUGAACACCAGUACGACAUCACUCACUACUUGGCCUACAUCUUCUACAUACCCCUGUACAUUGCCGGCCCGAUCAUCACGUUCAACGCCUUUGUCGGCCAGGUGUACGCGCCACAGCGCACCUACACACUGGCUCAGCUCGUCAAGAUGAGCAUCAACAUCGUGCUCAUAUUCUUUGCCGUCGAGAUUGGCCUGCACUACUCAUACUACUACUCGUUCGACCGGUCCGACGUGUGGAUGUCGCUGGGCGGCGACGAGAUUGCUCUCAUGGGCUACAUGGUACUCAACUUUAUGUACCUCAAGUUCCUGAUCAUCUGGCGAGUAUUUAGACUGUUUGCAUUGUACGAUGGUAUCAACACGCCAGAGAACAUGAAUCGUUGUGUCAACAACAACUACACAUUCACCGGCUUUUGGCGAUCGUGGCAUGCCAGCUUCAACAAGUGGACACUCCGCUACCUGUACAUACCACUUGGUGGCAACAGAACUCGACACAUCACAGUCUGGAUCAUCUUCUUCUUCAUUGGUCUCUGGCAUGACCUCUGGUGGAGUUGGGUCGCCUGGGCACUACUCAACUGUGUCUUCUUCACCGCAGAGAUAGGAGUAAUGACAUACUUCUACUCGCCCAAGAGACUACCUCUGCGAAGGACUUGGUACUGGAGGUAUGUGGUGGCAGUGGCGGGCACAUUCAACAUAUACCUGCUGAUGAUUGCCAACCUUGCGAUACUUCAUGGCUUUGCCAACUCGAUACUAUUCAUCAAGUUAUGUUUCUUUGGCGAGGGAGGUCUGCGAACAUUCAUAUUCUCCUACGUCUGGCUAUUCUCUGGCAUAUCCCUAAUGAUUGAGCAACGUGAGCAUGAGAGCAGAGCCAAGGCCAACUAG